AUGGUACCGAAGUGUGGGGCGGCUCUGUCCCCGGGCGCGCUGUGCCUGGCCGCUGCGCUCAACGGGCUGCUCAGCUUCGGCCUCUUGGCUGCGGCCCUCGGCACCGACUACUGGUACUUGAUCCACGUGGACGGGGCUGGGCGCAACGGCAGCGCUUGGGAUGGCGAGGAACUGAGCUCUCACUCCGGGCUCUGGCGACUCUGCGAAGGACAAAAUGCCUGCAUGCCCCUGAUUGACCCCUUUGGCGCAGAGAGUUGGCUGGUCCCAGCAUCACUCCAACAUCUUAUCUACAUGCAUCGGGCCUUCAUGAUCUUGCUGCCACUCAGCCUCAUCUUGAUUAUUUUUGGCUGGAUCUGUGGGAUCAUUGGCUCCUUGGCCCAGAUUUCCUGGCUUCUGCUCUUCACAGGCUGCUAUUUUCUGUUGGGUGCACUGCUGACACUGUCAGGGACAAGCACCUAUAUCUGCUACUCUAAAGCAGCAUUCACUGAGACUGUGCGCAUGUAUGACCAACAGCGUUUUGACCAUGUCCACAUUACCUUUGGCUGGUCCCUGGCACUUGCCUGGCUCUCUCUUGGCACAGAGGGGUUGGCUGGCAUUCUGCUUCUCCUGGCUGCCCAGGGACUCCGCCUGAAGCCGGAUGCAUGUUCAGCAGGCAUUUAAUCCUGGGAAAAGGUG